ACUGCGCUCAUUUUCCAGUGUGUACCUUUCGAAGUACCCUGAGCGAGGCUCGGGGAGGCCGCCGCCCCUGGAGGGUAUUUCUACAGCUCUGGUACCUCCCGGUGGUCUGCUGCUCUGUUCCUUGCCCUUUGACCUCACUCUCGCGGCGGGGUGAGAGGUCGGUGGCCAUCUUGUGGCGGCGGCGCGGGCGGCUGUUACUGCGGAGACCCAUCCCCUCCCCCCUUGUCCCCCCUCCCGACGGUCUGACAGUCAGUAAGGAGUCCCUCGGGCCGUCUACUGAGGCCUCGGCCUCGUGCCGUCGCUCUUCCCGCCGCACUGGGUGGCUCAGGCCGUUCCCUGCAGGGCCUUGCCGCCGCCACCAUGUCCUCCUUCUCCGAGUCGGCGCUGGAAAAGAAGCUCUCGGAGCUGAGCAACUCUCAACAGAGCGUGCAGACCCUGUCCCUGUGGCUCAUCCACCACCGCAAGCACGCGGGACCCAUCGUCUCCGUGUGGCACCGUGAACUUCGCAAAGCCAAAUCAAAUAGAAAGCUUACUUUUCUGUACUUAGCGAAUGAUGUCAUCCAAAACAGUAAAAGGAAAGGACCUGAAUUCACUAGAGAAUUUGAAUCUGUCCUUGUGGAUGCUUUUUCUCAUGUUGCCAGAGAGGCAGAUGAAGGCUGUAAAAAACCUUUAGAAAGAUUGCUGAACAUCUGGCAAGAAAGAAGUGUGUAUGGCGGCGAGUUCAUACAGCAGCUGAAGCUGUCUAUGGAGGACUCCAAGAGCCCUCCCCCCAAAGCAACAGAGGAGAAGAAAUCACUGAAGAGAACUUUUCAGCAGAUUCAAGAGGAGGAGGAUGAUGACUACCCUGGAAGCUACUCUCCCCAAGAUCCUUCUGCAGGACCCCUCUUGACUGAGGAACUAAUCAAAGCUUUGCAAGACCUGGAAAAUGCUGCAUCAGGGGAUGCUACUGUCCGACAGAAAAUUGCUUCUUUGCCCCAGGAAGUACAAGAUGUUUCUCUAUUGGAAAAAAUAACAGACAAAGAGGCAGCUGAACGGCUUUCAAAAACAGUCGAUGAAGCAUGUCUGUUACUAGCAGAAUAUAAUGGGCGCCUGGCUGCAGAACUGGAAGACCGGCGCCAGCUGGCUCGGAUGUUGGUGGAAUAUACCCAGAACCAGAAAGAUGUUUUGUCAGAAAAGGAGAAAAAGCUAGAAGAAUAUAAACAGAAGCUCGCUCGUGUGACCCAAGUACGCAAGGAGCUGAAGUCGCAUAUUCAGAGCUUGCCAGACCUCUCAUUGCUGCCCAACGUCACAGGGGGCUUGGCCCCCCUGCCCUCUGCUGGUGACCUGUUUUCAACUGACUAGGGCAGUGUCGUGCCUCAGAUUCCCACCUGUUCCAGCGGGAAGAAGAGGGCAGGUCGUGGUUGGAAAUAACCUUGUAGCCCCAGCCCCCGGACUCAAGAAAGACCCACAGACUCUGAUUCUCCUCUCCAGCCUCUCCUGCUGAGCACAGUUCAGAACAGUGGCGAGUAGAAUCCAGUUUAGAUUCAUAUUUGGAAAUAAUAUGAAUUUCCCCCACUUCAUGUUUUCAUGCCCCUAUUGGUUUUCCAUUUUUAACUCUCUUUACACCCAAGAAGUUUUGAAAAUCAUGUGUGCUUCUGGAACCUUCAGAAAAUCUUGUCCCCUAUGACAGCAGUCUGUCAUGAAAGUGACUCUCCUUUCUGUUCACGUUCAGUAAGGCUUCCCCUGCGGGACUCGCUCUGGUGACAGAGCUGUCAGGCAGUUUUGCCGUAAUGAUUUUGCCAAAUCAAGGAUCCUUCCUUACCCUUACUUCUAGCUAUUUAUAGUCAAAGGUUAAGUGUGCUGGUAAGCAGACAAGAGAAUCUGGCAAAUAAGAUUCAAAGAUGAUCUGGGACAAAAAGUCCCUGGUUAGAGACAGAGUAACAGGGAUCACAACAUGAGUUAGAGAUAAAUUAUUUCCGGUUCCUACAGACAGCCUUCCCAAGGUGCACUUAUCACAGGCCCCCCACCGCUGUCACAGAGCGUGUUCCUUAAACAUCUUCUGGUUGUGAAGGCAGUUACUGGAACUGGUGCUGGUGGGCCCCAGGAUCUGAGGCAGACUGAGAAUCGGCUUCCCGUGGGUGUUGCUUUGACCCCUUCUUUCGGGGAGUAGGGUGCACUAACAUUUACUUCACUGUGUGGCGCAGGUCCACAGUAUGGUGACUAAACUUGAAUAUCUCCUUUGCAAAUGACACUUUGUGCAUGUUUGUCUGUCCGUUAGCUCACGCCACUGCUCAUGUCCUUGUGCCCAGAGGAGGAGAGCUUUGGUCAGAUGUUAUGGACGGCUCACCUUGGGCAAGGGAGGGGGAAGUCGGGAAUAUUAAUUUUGGGUUUUAAAUUUCACUAUCAUGCCAGCUGACAUCAUGACUAUAUAAUGUAGUUAGAGAGGAUUUUUACCUUGCUUUUAGAAAAAGUUAGGCCUGCUAACUGUCAAUCAUUCUAUUUUGCAGGCUUAUUUUUGACAUUGGAAAGGGCAGAAAACAAUUUGCCCCAAUAGUGUAAUAGGAAUUGUAGCCCAGAGGCUGAAAUCCAAAAGCUAUAAAAAGGGAAUUCAGUGAAGGGGGCUUCAGAAACUCCAUUAUUUUGAGUGGUUAUUUUCAGGAUUACCAAAAAGCCAAUUACAUGUAAUUUUACAUGUUAAACAUGUUAAAACUUAAUCUGUUUUUAAAAUAUAACAGGCUUCCCUUUAAGAAGCUCUGCUGCCUGCCAUAAAGUGAGAGCAACGAAAAGGCUUAGCAGGUGUUCCGCGUAACUCUGUAGAACCCAGUAGCAUUUGAGCUAUUUUUCAGAUUUGAAUUCAGACUGUAUGUUGUUUGCUUAUUGACACUGCCUGUUCUGUCAUUAUUAAAUUAAUGAGUAUAUAAAGUUUCGCUUCCAGAGGCCAGAGGGCAGUAGGUGGCUUUGCUGAAACUGCGAGAUCAAUCCCCGUCUUUGCUGUCUCGGCGCACAGCCCCUCCCCGUGCGGUGUGCUGCUCUGGGCCUGGUCGGGGCUUGUUUCUGAACAGCCCCCCACCUUGGGCUUCUGUGCUUUCACCCAGGAAGCGGGGUCCUGCUAGCCACAAAGCAACCAGAAGGGUGGAGUAGAUCUUUGAUCAGCUCAAUGAAAAUGUUACGACACAAUGGAUUUUGCCCACUGUUAUGUUCUAUCUGAUUGAGUCUGAAUAAGGAUUUGGUGCAUAAUUAUUACAGCAAGAACAGGAGAUGAAUCUGCAGCAAUUAUGUAAAUGAAUGUGUUGGCCUCUUAACACCUGUUACUAGUGGACUUCCUGUGAGGAAGUUAGUUUUGUUUUAUAGUUUUUUAAUGAAAUGCUUUUGUUUUUUAAUUCUUAAUUCUUUCCACACCCUCCCCACGUGUGCUUACUUCGUUUGUUUAAUUUAAAUGAACCUUUCUCCUUGGAUGUAUGAAGUGAUCUGGGGGGUGGGGGUGGUGGGUGGUUUUGUUUUGUGUUUUUCUUCUAGGGCAUCCAUGGGCCUCAAAGGACCUUUCCUUUUUAGGUCUUAUUCCUCAAAGCUUCCUCAAUCUUCCUUUGUUUUGUUGUUUUUCUUUUCUUUUUUUUUUUUAAAGAAUAUUUUUAAAGCUUAAAUUUGUAUAUUAAUUUAGGACUUUAUUUAGAAGUAUAGGCUGUCGUUGGCGGCAGCAGUAUAUUCUGAAAUGUCUCAUAGAUAUAUAUUUUUGAAUAAAG